AUGUUCAAAAUAUUUUAGAAAUUCUCAUAAAGAAGUAACAAAUUAGGAUCAUUUUUAGUUUAAAAUAGAGCAAUGUUUUCUACAGCUACUGCUUAAGCUAUACAAUUAGGUACUGCAGGUAGAUCAAUAUAGUCAAGAGCAGGUAUUUUUAGAGCACUUCUUGUUAUAGGUGGAGCACAUAUUGCUGCCACAUAUGGAGGUAGCAUGUUCUAAGAUAAACAAGUCACUAUGAGCGUUUAAGAUUAUAUGCUAAGUGAUUAUAUCAAACCAGAAUCUAAAUUUUAAAUAUUCGGAGUAUUAAAAGUUGGCAGUACCAAAAUGUAGAGAGGGUCUUUAGAAACAAGAUUCGUAAUUACAGAUUUUAAAGAAGAAAUUGAAGUUUUCUAUAAGGGUAUUACUAAAUUUGAAUUUAAAGAGGGAGAAACUAUUGUAUUAACAGCAUAUUGUCCUGAUUUAAAAGAAAGAAAGAAAGUUAUUGCCAUUGAUUACUUAACAAAGCAUUCAAUGGAAGUUUAAGAUUGGUAAAGUAAAUCAGGAAAAUCAAGAGAAAACUAUGGAUUAUAUAAAUAAUAAGGAAAUGUUAUUUGA